AAUGUAUUUUUAACUCACCUGAUCACAGUGAUCAGCAUUUAUAAAGGAAGGCAAAGUGAUACUACUAGAAUCCUUUCCUUUCCCCAUCCUCCCUCUGAUCCAGAUAUUCCUUUCAAUAAUCCUCCUCUGAUUUAUACUCCUCCUCCAUCAUGCUUUCCAUCUUCGGCUGCUGCUGCUACUGCUCUGGUGACAAAGGCAGUGACAAAGAGGCCCCAGACUAUGGUGCAGACUUUGAUGGCCCCAUCAAAGGGAAGAGAAGAUGUCCAACAGACAUAAUCUGUCUCAUUUUAUUUCUUGCUUUCAUCCUUGGGAUGUUCGGCAUUGGAAUAUACUCUUUUGUUGUUGGCCAUCCAUCCCGUCUACUUCAUCCAGUGGAUUCAAAAGGAAGGCUGUGUGGCCUGGACAAAGGAGUAGAGAACAAGCCAUACUUACUCUUCUUUGACUGGACAAGGUGCAUUCGAGUUGUUGGCUUCAGUGACCUUGUUACUGGAGAUGUUGAAGCUAGCGACUUCUUCUCAUGUAACACGCAACAAGUUUGUGUAGAUGCUUGUCCUACUGAGAACGAAGCCGGUAUUAGAGCCAAUCCUGUUUGUGUUGAUGGAGUUGACACGACUCAAUUCAACGUUUUCAAUAACGUCUCGCUCCUUGAUACACCAGCUGCUGCAGAGGCCGCCUCAAAUCUAGUUCAGUUGAUUAUCGAUGAGAAAUGUGCCCCGUAUUAUAUUAUUAGUGAAGAACUUGCUAAUAGAUGCAUUCCCACAUUCACCGAACUAGACUCUUUCAUUAAUUUGGCUAAUGUCACUAAUUUCAAUGAAUCUGACGUCCCUUCAAUUAGAUCAAUUAUAUUUGAUUUAACACUAUCAGACGUACUCAAUGGGACCUUGACUCAAGCUUUGUUUCUUAAUGCUCAAGUGUUUGUUUACGGAGUAUUACAGGACUUACAAGUCGUCUGGCCAGCUAUAUUAGGUGCUGCUGGAGUAACUGUCCUCUUCUGCUACCUUUAUGUCAUUUUGAUGAGAUAUUUUGCCGGGAUUGUCAUUAUUGUGAGUAUCAUACUGGCCCUCCUCCUCAUAGCAACUAUAUCCGGCUUUGCUUACUUCCAAUACUAUUGCUUUGUGGCGGGUAAUGCCAACAUUCCCUCCCUCACAAGUGGUCUUACUGACUCGUCGACCGUCGUCAACUUCCUCAAUUCUACUGAGAGCUUUGCUGCGUCUGGCUGCCAGUUCACUAACCCACUAAGGGACUUCUUUGCCGCUAAUGCUCCAUGGUAUGACUAUCAGAAGGAAACCUGGCUGGUUAUAGGUAUUGUUGGUACAGUCCUUCUCCUAAUCCUUAUCAUCAUUCUAAUUGUCUUUUCUAAGCAGAUCAGGAUCUCAAUUGCCAUCAUCCAAGAGGCCAGCAAAGCCAUUGGUUACAUACCUGGUGUUAUAUUCUACCCUAUCUUCACUUGGCUGUUCAUAAUAUUGACAGCAAUGUUCUGGGCAGCUGUGGCACUUUUCCUGUACACGGCAUCCAAGAGCCAGUUCAUAUUGAGAUCAAAUAAUGAAACCGUUGAUUCAAUAACGUCGAUCACCAAUGUAACCUAUCGCAUUGGAAAAGAGUGUGUCCUAGAGAAUUUCAAUGGUGUUCUUGGUAGUAAUAAUACACUAAUGAUAGAGGAUGUUGCUAGUGGUUUGAAUAAUACUGUUUCCUGUAUCUUUAACACUUACGUUAGUGACCAAAUCCUCCUCUACAUGCAGCUGUAUAUGUUGUUUGGUUUGCUGUGGGUCUGCAAUUAUUUCAUUGCUCUUGGUCAGUGUACCAUUGCUGGAUCCUUUGGUUCCUAUUAUUGGGCUUUUGACAAGAGGAAGGACUUGAACUGGUUCACUACUGGAGCGUCCUUUGCAAGGGCUAUAUUUUUUCAUACUGGUUCACUAGCAUUCGGAGCCCUCAUAAUAGCGAUCGUCCAAAUGAUACGUCUCAUACUAGCCUACAUACAAAAGAAACUCAAGAAACACGAGGCCAGCAAGAUCGCCCACGCCAUCUUGACCUGCAUGCAGUGCUGCUUCUUUCUACUGGAGAAAGUAUUUAAGUACAUCAAUCGCCACGCCUACAUUGAGAUAGCCAUAUAUGGACACGACUUCUGCACUGCUGCCUGUAAAGCUGCCAAGUUGUUACUAAGGAACGUCAUUACUACUGCUAUUAAAGACAGGAUUGUCGGGUUCUUGCUGUUCAUGGGGAAGCUAUGUGUGGUAGCCAUUAUGACGUUCCUGGCUUAUCUGAUAUUCGGUCAAUACGAGGAAUAUGGACGUGCAAUCUGGCAGAGGGAGCUUAAUUAUUACCUCAUUCCGCUUAUUAUUGUAAUGGUUCUCUCAUAUUUGAUUGCAUCAGGUUUCAUGGCAGUUUACGAUAUGGGGGUGGACACUAUCUUCAUAUGUGCAUUGGAGGACGAAGAACGCAACAACGGAUAUGACAAACCUUAUUUCAUGAGCAAGAAGCUCCAGAAGUUGAUGGGAGUCCAUAAUCGCGUCAAAAGAGGAGAAGGAACUGAUGGAGAACAAUUGCAAAUGGAAGACCUUGAAAAUGGAAAAUAGUAAAAUAGCAGAGCUAUUUUAAAGACUAUCAAGAGAGAAAAAAGCAUAAAUAUCUAAGACAAAUAAUAAUAAAUAAAUAAAUAUUUUAGUGAGUGAACGAGAGAAAUUAUUUGAGAGAUAAUUCUGUGUGCAUGUGAAUGAUAGUGUUGUCAGUGUUUUCAGUAUAGUACACAUAUCUUCCUCUUUUAAAAAUUCAUUAAAUAAA